UACAGUUGUAGUGUCGACUAUGACCGCCAGGGAGAGUGUUACUAUUUGGCGGGCACUACUUCGCCUGGAAUAAAGUUUGUCCCACUGGCUGACCCGUAGUGUGACGUUUAGUGUAGAAGUAGAGCAACCGCAGUGUUUGACGUUGAAAGCUAGCGCUAGCGUCAAUAAACGUGUAUUUUUUAAUUUAAAAAAAGCUAAACCAAAACAAAGAUUCUGGUAUAAUGGAUAGUGUAAAUGCGAAAUACGUGUCACAGAAAAUCAGCAAAGUAAGAUGGAGGCCGGUAUCGCUUUCGUCUCUGCAGCAGCCCGAAAUCUUCGCGACUGGCUCUUGGGAUAACGAGGUCAACACAGUUUCCUUUUGGUCAAUCGGAAAUCAUGGAAUUUCUUCUUUGGAGGAGGGAUUCGAUGGAGACCCACAGUUGCUAUGCCAACACAAGCACGAGGGAGAUGUUCUCGAUCUUCAAUUUCUGGACCAAGACAGAGCCAUCACAACAUCAUCAACCGGCAGCGUUACCAUAUUCUGCUAUAACCAAAACAAUCAGGCACUAUCUGUCUCACACCAGUGGGCAAGAGCGCAUCAUUACCCUUGUGACAAUGCCCCCUGUACUGGUGUGGUGUGCAGCAGCCCUGAGAUUGUUACCGUUGGUGAAGAUGGCAGGAUUAUUGUCUACAGAGCUGACCAGGAAGGAGUCAUCAGAGUCAUAGAGAAUGCAGAUAGCAGCACAAUUCAUGCCGUGACUUACCUGAGAACAACUGAGAUCCUGACAGUGAAUUCCAUUGGCCAACUCAAAAUAUGGGAUUUCAGGCAACAGAGCAACUCCCCGUCGCAGAUUCUUUCCCUGUCAGGCAGUCGAGUCCCCCUGCACUGUGUGGACAGACAUCCAAACCAGCAGCACAUCGUGGCCACGGGAGGCCAGGAUGGAAUGCUCUGUGUUUGGGAUGUGAGACAAAGCAACACGCCUUUCUCGCUCAUGGAAGCGCACUCUGCUGAAAUGUGGGAAGUCCACUUCCAUCCAAUGAACCCAGAUCAUCUGUUCACAUGCUCAGAGGACGGAUCACUGCUGCACUGGGAGACGUCUUCACCUUCAGAUAUGCCGUCGUUCCUGCAAGGUGGUAGAAACAACGGCAUGGUAUCCCGCAGUGCGAUGGCUCCUGCCGGAGGCAACCAGUCCCUCAUUAGCACGUGGCUCAGUGGAGACUCGAGUAAAGGUCGUCUGGAAGCGACUCACAUGCUGCCCAGCCAAACGCUGUCCGUAAACAGUUUGGAUGUACUUGGACAGUGUCUCGUGUGCGGGACUGAUGGAGAAGCUAUUUUUGUAAACAGACAGGUCCCAGUUUAAAGACUUUGGAAAGGUUCCAUGUAGGUUAUGUUCCCGUCACAAAAAGUUGACGUUGCAUCACAAUAUAUGUUAGUUGACUAUUAUGGAUCAAGUAUUUGUGCUUAUCAUUCCCAGCAGAAUAUUUUACCUCUUUUUGUAAAAAUAUUGAUUCAUUUUGGAAAUAAAUAAAUAAAUAAG